UCUGCCUCUUCUUGUUGCUUCCAUGCAGCUCAGCAGAGGUCCAGACAAUCUUCAGAUUCUCUUCAGACCACCUCAACAGAACUGAGAAGAUGAUGAAGCUCUCCUCAGUCCUCCUCCUUCUGGCUCCAGUGUUGAUCAGCUGUGCAGACGUCAAACUGCCGGUGGACUGCUCCGACAUCCUCCAGCAGAACAAGAACCAACCCAGUGGAGUGUACACCAUCUAUCCCAUUGGGUCCACAUCUGCUGUUGAGGUCUACUGUGACAUGCCUGCAGCAGGAGGAGGCUGGACGGUUUUCCAGAGAAGGCUGGAUGGAUCGGUGAACUUCUACAGAACCUGGAACCAGUACAAGCGUGGCUUUGGAAAUGCUGCAGGAGAGUACUGGCUCGGUCUUGAGAACAUCUACCAGCUGACUCGCCUUCAGAACUAUGAGCUGAUGGUUGACCUGGAGGACUUUGAGGGGAACAAGAAAUUUGCUCUUUACUCUUCAUUCAAAGUGGAUUCUGAGAGUGAAGGUUACCGCCUGCAAGUCACUGGAUUCAGUGAUAAGGGGGGCAGUGGAGAUGCUCUUGGCAACCACAAUGGCCUAAAAUUCAGCACCUUUGACAACGACCAGGACUUGUGGGGCAACAACUGUGCCAGAACCUAUCUUGGAGCAUUUUGGUAUGCUGCCUGCCAUUAUACCAACCCUAAUGGGGUUUACCGCUGGGGGGCAGAUAACACACUCUUUGCUGUUGGAGUGUCGUGGUACAAUUGGAAGGGACAUGACUACUCCCUGAAGAUCUUUACCAUGAAGAUCCGUCCUAAAAAGUAAAAGUCCAGCUAAACAUCACAUCGCUUGUCUGUAUAAUCCAACAAGAAUAAGCGUAAAAUCCAGAUGUGGAUGUGAGCAAUUUUAAAUUUUUGGGCAGUUAAAAAACACACUCUUGCCUAUUAGAAGACAUGCUUUGUUAUGUGGAUGUGAGCUUCUUAGUUUGGUGGUGGUUUCAUGUAAUGCAUCUAAAAAAGAAUCUUCUGCAUUCGGUUAAUACAUUUGAAGC